AUGAUGCAGUCCCGACGUCCCUACUAUGCAACACAAAAAUGCCUGCUUAUGCCUGCUCUGUCCGUCAUCCCGUUCCUCCCCCGCUUCCCGGAUCGGAUGGCGGGGACCAGAAGACGGCUCUCGCCAGCAGCAGCAGUUGACUGCAAACAACCCACCCAGAGAGAUGUAGGGUGUUGGGGAACCUUUAGUCCCAGGCUCCUCAUGAAACGCCCUUUCCUCGCGCCACAGAGGGGUUGGUUGAGCUUGCGCGUCAUGGCGCCGAGCUGUGGAUAUCCCAUAUUUCCCGCCCUUGAAGCGCAAGUGCCGCCGACCCCGAUCCUACCGUCUCUGACAUGGCCUGAAUCGCAUCAUGGCUUGGCCGACCUGAUGGAGGCUGAUGACGGUUCCAUGGUUACCUUUAUAGCCCGACCUACCUACCAGAUCUGCCCGUCUCUGAUGGGACUCCUCAUCUUGGCGUCCUUCUCACCAGUGAGCAGGACUCUGCAGAUCAAGCGACACUACAUUCGCGCCAAGAGCGAGAGCAGAACUCUUUGUGCAUUUUUUGUCGAUGUCAGACACCCUGGGGAUUGCAAAAUGGUCAGCAAAAGGCACUCUCAGUGUUGA